AUGCAUGUAACUAACCAGGUAUCUACGUUGAUCAUUGAAUCCAACCUGGAAUGCGAGAAAUGUUAUAGGAAGAUUCAGAAAGUUCUAUGCAAACUCCAAGAGAAGGAGAAGAUCAGGACCAUCAAUUUCGAGGCGAAGAAUAACACGGUGACAAUCUCCGGACCAUUCGAUCCGGUGAAGCUGUCGCGGAAGCUGCGAUGCAAGGCCUGCGAGGCGAUCAAGGACAUCAAGAUCGUAGAAGAGAACAAGCCUGAGCCAAAGAAGAAGCCCGAGCCAAAGACGGAAGAGAAGAAGCCUGAGCCAAAGAAGGAGGACUGCUGUAAGUGCUGCAAGCCCGACGAGAAGAAGAAGCCUGAGCCAAAGAAGGAGGACUGCUGUAAGUGCUGCAAGCCCGACGAGAAGAAGCUGGAGGAGAAGAAGAAGCCUGAGGAGAAGAAGCCGGAGGAGAAGAAAAAACCUGACGAGAAGCCAAAGGAGGACCCCAAACCGGCGCCGUCGUCCACGACUGUGAACCUGCAGUUCACGCAGAUCUGCAACCUGUGCUACCCGUGGCCGUGCAGCGACCCGAGCCACUGGGGCGGCGUCCAGUACCCGCAGCCGCAGCCCCAACCCCAGCCGCAGCCGCCGCCGCAACCGCAGUGGUGCGAGACGCCGAAGAUGCCGGCGCUCCCCGGCCCCGGCCACCACCACCCGUGCCCGCCCUGGGCGCCGGCGACACCGAAGAGGCAGCCGUGCGGAGGCCCGUCGUACUGCGGGGGGUGCGGCUCGUGCGGCGGUGGAUAUAAUGGAUGGCCGCCGGCGAUGCCGACGCCACUGCAGAUGAUGCAGCCGCCGCCGAUGAUGGGCUGCGGGGGGCCGGCAUCGUCCUGCAGAGGGUGCAAAGGUUGCCGGAUCGUGCAGGAGGGGAGGUUCAUCUACGAGGAGUACCCGCCGAAUUCGUGCACCGUCAUGUGA